UCUGUAUGUCCCUUCACGACUCCCGUUCACGAGACAGGCUAAGCCAAAUGCUAACAAACUAGCUACUUUGAAGUCAACAAAGUAUCAAAGCAGAAGCUCUUGGGUUUUAACGCACACAAGGACACUCUUUUUGUUUUUGAAUUGCUUACCGAUUCAGGCAGACAGACUAAACGGAUUUGCAGUUAUAAAAAAACACUGAAGCAAGGCAACAGUUUAAUUUUACUAGGCCUGGCUGCAUCCGUGCUUUUGCUUACAAGGCUGGACCAGUUAACCUCCGAAGUAUGGAGACGUGGGUCCGAUUUAACUCUCAGAGCCAAGCGAAAGAACGACUGUGCAGGGCUGCCCAGUAUGCCUGCACGCUUCUCGGGUACACCUUACAGAAGGGGGGUGCUGGUGCCGACCUCUUGAUGACUGUCAAACAACUGGAGUCCCACAUGAGCCUGACCAGGAAGUUGAUGCGACUGGGGAACUCCGCAGAGGCUGUGGAGUCAGCCAAGCGCGCGGUGCACCUCUCCGAUAGCGUCCUGCGGCUCUGCAUCACCGUAGCCCACCUCAACAAGGCCAUGUACUUCGCCUGUGAUAAUGUGCUGUGGGCCGGAAAGACGGGCCUGCUGCCCAAACUGGAUCAGGACAAAUGGAGCCAGAGGUCCUUCAGGUAUUACCUCUUCGCCCUCAUCCUGAGCCUGACUCGCGACGCGUACGAGAUCGGCCUGUUGAUGGAGCGUGAGUCUCGCUGCUGCGGCUCGGCCAAGGCCUCCCUCUCCAGCACGCCCGUGGCGCUGACCCCCGAGAACGGCGACCUCCCCACGACCCCGUCGUCCUCCGCCUCGCCCUCCCCCCCACCGCUGCUGAUCCCGACGAUCCCCUCCCUCCCGAUGCUCUCCCUGCGUCUGCGCAAGCAAGUGCGGCUGCUGGCCGUGGUGCUGCGCAGCAACCCGCCUCUCCUGCUGGACCUGCUCAAGAACCUGUGCGACAUCGUCAUCCCGCUGGACCGCCUGGGCCUCUACCCCACGGGCAACGGCUUCGUGGGGGCCUGCGGCCUCGCCUCCUCCGUCCUCUCCAUCCUCACCAUCCUCCACCCCUGGCUCAAGCUCAAGCCCUGAGCCUCCGCCGGCGCCGGCGGUGGGCCGGCAGUGGGCCGCAGGCGGCCCAGAGCUCGGACGGAGGAGGGGGAGGCCCUGAGACGGGCAGCAGCUCCCAGAGCAGGGGGGUAGGAGGCUAGUGAAGAAGAAGAGAGAGAGAGAGAAGAAGAAGAGAGAGAGAGAGAGAGAA